AUGGGAACCACGUGAUCUCCGGCAGGAUGGAGAACAUUGGAGUUUAAUAUUGGCUCUGGCUCCAGGCAGGUAUAUGUACAAGUAUAUCGUCGAUGGAGACUGGAGAGUGCAGAAUUCAGAGGAGACAGCUCAGGACGCAGAGGGACACUUAAACAAUAUUGUCCUGGUUGAGGACAACAAUGUGGUGAAAGAGGACAACGAUCCUCUAGUAGAUCUUUUCAGUUCAGAUCUUGAUCCUUUUAAACCAGAACCAGAGAAGAAGAACAAUGAUUCUGUUUUUGAGAUUGUUGGAAAUGUUUCUGCUGAGAAACCUAAGUCUGGAGAUCUGGUAGGAUUACAGAAUAUUCUGGAGACAAGCUCUUCAAACUUAGUUCCAGUCACAGCAACAGGAGCUACUGCUAAACCUAAUUCAUUGUUCUUGGUUCUAGAUACAGCUGAUGGAGCUACAGAUAACCCAGAUUCUCCGCCUAUAGAUCCAGCUGCUGGAGGCACUUCUUCAUCCUCGGUACCAUAUACAGCUUCUGGAGAUAGUGCUGAAUCUGAUUCUCCAUCUACGAAGUCAGAUACACCUACUGAAGCUACUUCAGUAUUGGUUCCUGAUACCCCUACUGGAACUACUGCUAAACUGGAUUCUCCAUCUGGAACAACUGAGCUAGAUUUUCUCUCUGAACUUGAUUCAGAUAAAAGAUCUAAAACUAAUCCUUUCUUGGGAGCAGAACCUAAGAUUAAUUUCUUUGAUCAGUUUGAUCCGUUCUCAGCAGUAGCAGAACAACCUCUUUUAAGUUCAGGUACAACAAAUCCAUUUAAGAUAAAUGGAUUCGGAGAGGAGCAUGGCUUUGGACACCAUUUUCCAAACCAAAUCAUGGAAUCAUCCACAUUCCAAGAGUCUGGGAAUAAGUUUGACAACUUUAUGGAAGAAGGGGAGUUCUUUAUGGCACCUGUAGACGCCUUUCAAAACUCGUUUCAACCGAGCCAAACCAACCCAUUCUUAGGCCAUAUUCAGAAGGAUUUUGGAGGAAACUUAGGACAAAUUAAGGACCCAUUCGAAUCACCUAUUUUGUCCGAAAAUCCCUUUCAGUCAAUGAAAGAAGGUGAAAAUCCUGAUACUUUGAUUGAGAAACUUGUAAUGGAUGGUUCAGAGAGUACAGAGAAGAAAACAAAUAAUGUUCAUACUGAAGAUACUGCUGAACUUUCUGAUCUUGAAGAUCAAGUUGAAGAAUUUAUUCUUCAUGAAAAUGUUCAUGUUUCAGAAAUGGUUGGUGGACUGAAAGGAGCUAAAACAACUCUGGAAGGUUUUGAUGAAGAUGACACACAUGAUAGUGAUGAAGAAACUCAUGAGAAAGGGGAACUCCUUGACCAACUACAAGAUGAUCAAGGAGAUGGUAUCACUGAUUUGAAAUUAGAUCUCCACUCUGAUGACGAGGAUUAUACUGGAGUUAACAGUGAGAAGCUGGAGCACAAUGGAAAAUAUUACAACCUUACUGUGGUUGAGAGAAGGUUAAGGCUUGGAAGAGGAAUGGGAGAAAGCGGAGAAAGUGAUGCAACAGAUUUGUCAAGCAGUAGAAGCAUUAAAAACAAUAUAUUUGAUGACUCUCUUAACUUAAUAGGUACUACAAAAUAUGCCAAAGAAACUGUUGAGGCAAAGAGUAAUUUGGAUCUCCAAGAAAGUGUGAUUCAACGCACUUCUGACGAAGAAGUAUUAAAGUCGGAAAAAGAUUACAUUUCAGAUAAAAUAGAAAAAAAGGAAAACAGUAAGCAUCAAGAAUCAAGCAAACAUACUGAAGAAGAAAAUAGAUUGCAAGAGGAGCAGGCCAGGAUAUUAGCAGUUCAAGCUGUGGAAGAGAUUAAAGUUAAAGCAGAGGAAGAGGUGAGAAAGAAGGCAGAAGAAAAGGCAGAAAUAGAUGCAGAUGAAGAGACAAGGGUGAAAGCAGAAAAAGAAGAGGAAAGAAUUAAAUCAGAAGAAGAAGAAGAAGCAAGAAUGAAUGCAGAAGAAGCAAGAAUGAAUGCAGAAGAAGCUAGAAUAAAAGCAGAAGAAGCAAGAGUGAAAGCAGAAGAAGCAAAAAUAAAAGAAGGAAGAGACGAGGAAAAAGAAAUUAAAGCAGAAGAAGCAAGGGUAAAAGAAGAAGAAGCAAGAAUGAAAGCAGAAGAUGCAAGAUUGAAAGCUGAAGAAGAAGCAAGAUUGAAAGCUGAAGAAGAAGCAAGAAUAAGAGCAGAAGAAGAAGCAAGAAAAAUUGCAGAAGAAGAAGCAAGAAUGAAAGCAGAAGAAGAAGCAAGAAAAAUAGCAGAAGAAGAAGCAAGAAUGAAAGCAGAAGAAGAAGCAAGAAAAAAAGCAGAAGAAAAAGCAAGAAUGAAAGCAGAAGAUGCAAGAUUGAAAGCUGAAGAAGAAGCAAGAAUAAAAGCAGAAGAAGAAGCAAGAAAAAUUGCAGAAGAAGAAGCAAGAAUGAAAGCAGAAGAAGAAGCAAGAAAAAUUGCAGAAGAAGAAGCAAGAAUGAAAGCAGAAGAAGAAGCAAGAAAAAUAGCAGAAGAAGAAGCAAGAAUAAAAGCAGACAAAGAAGCAAAAAUAAAAGAAGAAGAAGAAGCAAGAAUUAAAGCAGAAGAAGCAAGAAUUAAAGCAGAAGAAGCAAGAAUUAAAGCAGAAGAAGCAAGAAAGAAAGCAGAAGAAGAAGCAAGAAUAAAAGUAGAAGAAGAAGCAAGAAAAUUAGCAGAAGAAGAAGCAAGAAAAAUUGCAGAAGAAGAAGCCAGAAUGAAAGAAGAAGAAGCAAGAAUGAAAGAAGAAGAAGCAAGAAUGAAAGCAGAUGAAGAAGAAGCAAGAAUGAAAGCAGAAGAAGAAGCAAGAAUGAAAGCAGAAGAAGAAGCAAGAAUGAAAGCAGAAGAAGAAGCAAGAAUGAAAGCAGAAGAAGAAGCAAGAAUGAGAGUAGAAGAAGAAGCAAGAAAUAAAGCAUACAAAGAAGCAAAAAUAAAAGAAGAAGAAGAAGAAGAAGAAGGAAUUAAAGCAGAAGAAGCAAGAAAGAAAGCAGCAGAAGAAGCAAGUAUGAAAGCAGAAGAAGAAGCAAGAAUAAAAGCAGAAGAAGCAAGAAUGAACGCAGAAGAAGAAGAAAGAAUUAAAGCAGAAAAAAACGCAAGAAUAAAAGUAGAAGAAGAAGCAAGAGUGAAAGCAGAAGAAGAGGCUAGAAUUAAAGCAGAAGAAGCAAGAAUUAAAGCAGAAGAAGAAGCAAGAAUGAAAGCAGAAGAAGAAGCAAGAGUAAAAGCAGAAGAAGAAACAAGAAUGAAAGCAGAAGAAGAAGCAAGAAUAAAAACAGAAGAAGAAGCAAGAGUAAAAGCAGAAGAAGAGGCAAGAACUAAAGCAGAAAAAGACAUUUUGGAGGUUCAAAAACCCAACUUAAAAGCGGAAAACUUUUCUUUAAAUCUUGAACAAGAGAUUCCAUGUUCCUCUUCUACUCCUUUCCCUGAUCCAACACAUAGUUUUCCAAACACUUCCUCUUUCCGGCUAGAUUUAUCUUCAACCAUAGGAGCAGGUAUAUCAUCUUUAUCUCCUGGGGCACCCCUAGCUCCUCCUGGAACACCUACUCUACCUACAACCCUGAGUUCAGAAACCUCUAAAGAACCUGAUACAUCUGCAACUGGAAGUUCUACGUUAGAGAUCGCAGCAAAGAGUUUUGCUGAAGAAACCAGCAGUGUUCUAGAGACUAUUAUUCAAAGAACAGAACAGGUUGAGAUGGAGAGGGUUGAGGGAGGUGGGGCUGAAGGAGAUCUAUUAUUAACUAGAAAACAAUCCAAACUCAAGAAAAUGUUUGCGUGGUUUCAGUGUAGUAUUCUCUGAAGAAGAUAAUGAAUGUCGUCUUCGGUGUAGAUUAGUUGUAAUUUUCUGCUACUUAUACAGUUAUAUAUUUAACUUUUAAGAGGUAAAGUGCUAGGGGAAAAUUAGUAGUUAAAUGCACUUGCUUUGGAAAAAAAGAAAAUCUAAACAAUACUGUUCUAAAAUGAUUAAUUUUUUGAUACCUUAACAAGCUAGAAAUAUCGUUUUUUUCUAAAAUUUCGAUUGUUUUUGAAAUAUCUGUAAUAUAACUUAAUGCUUCAAUAUAACGUACAUUACGUAAAAUUUUACUAAUGUGGAUAUUUUUGAUAUUAUCUUUCUCUAGUACAUUUUGCAAUAAAUUGAAAGAAACGCC